AUGGCUCUUGGCCCAGAUAACGUCCUAGGCGUAGGGGAGAUCGGAGCAAUAGGGAAUGCUUGGACGACAUUUUUCUUCCUGGGCAGCAGUAUGAGUGACAGAGAGAGGAAAGAAAGAAGCAGAGACAAAGGGAGGGAACGGGAUGAGAGGGAAAGCAGCAGGAAUAGAGAACGACACGACAGGGAUAAGCGCCGGAGCAGAAGUCGAGAGAGGGAUAACAGAAGAGAUAGAGACCGAGAUAAUGAUUAUGAUCGAGAUAAAGAUUACGGACGGGACCGAGAUCGUGAUCGGGACCGGAGUAGAUAUCGUCACUGA